AUGCUACAGUUAGAUUUUCAUAAGUCCUCCUCCUUCUCUCUAAGAAACCCUAACUGUGCAGAUUCGUUCUUCUCCGGCGGUCGCCGCCGCGUCCUUUUCGCGGCCGCCGGAGUAGUGCUGCUUGAGGACGGCGGUUGCUCUUCCUGGUCUACGGCGACGGGCUACUCUAGGGUUUCCGUCCGGUCCUUUUUCCCUGAGUUCGACCGAUCUUCUUCGGUAGUGUACGAGGUGACGGCUUCGCUUAGAUCUGAGAUUUCGCGAGUCAAAGAUCUUUCUCCUCUAGCUCCUCUGGUGGUCUCUGGAGGAGGCGCGUGGGUACGUCGUUGGUCGGAUUGUGUCUCGACUUCCAGGCUUUCCCAGUGGCAGCGCGUGGUGUCGGUGGCGGCGCGUGGUGGCAGCGCGUGGUUUGUAAGGUGGCGCGUGGUGGUAGCAUGUGUCACCGGAGGUGCUAAUUUUGCUCUGUUAACGAGUUAUUCCGGUAUUCCGGAGUGGGUCACUCGGUUUGCCUCUUCUCCUGUAGACGGUCACGAGGGGUCGGGUCUGAAGACGGCAUUCUUCGGAUCUGCUUCUCGAACGACGGCAUCGUCGCGUGGACACUUUCUCUCGUGCCGUCGGGGGUGCAUCUGUCUGGUGUUUUUGGUAGGUCCGUGCUUCGAUUCUUCGAGCCGGUCUGUGUUGGGUUGGGUGUCGGAAGCUGCAGGAUCCGUAGCUUCUAGGUUUGAGGGCGCCUAUCUCUCGGCUCGUGGCAACUGUCUCUUCUUCUCCGACCUUCCAGCUCGCUUUGGUCUUUGCCCGAUCCGCUGCUUAGCUGGUUGCUAG